CGCUCUUGAGUUCAAAAAAGACCAUUGAACGGGUAGGUCGUGCGUCGGUACGGAAAAAAUCUCGAAAAAAGCCGUGGGUGAUUCGUCGUUGCGUCGCGCGUGAGUGUGUGUGUGUGCAUGUGUUGGCUUAACAAAUUAAUAAAAGCGCUAAAUAGAAUCCAAUAAUAUGAAUGUGCAACGGGUAUCAUAGCAAUUGUUGUGUUAACAACUCACAAAAAUUUCACAAUAGCGCGACAGCCGGAGAGCGUGAGUGCCAAUUGCAAGACAAAAUGGCUGCAUUUCAACGCAUUUAAUGCGCGCACAAAAACAGCAACAACAGAAGAGAACAACAUACACAAAGCAUAAGCAAACAUCAAUGCUACAAUAACAGCGCUUGGCAAAUAAAACAACAACAACAACAGCACCGCUAAUAAUUUUAAAUUGUGAAUUUCGUUUUGGACGCGUUGCGAAAUUUUUUCAUUCGGUUUUUCGUUUUCUUUUCAUUUAUGUUUUACGCGCAAAAAUAAAAGCAAAAAGUGAAAAGUAAUGCAUAAAAAUCGUAAAUCAUAAUACAUAUAAAUUGGCAGUGUACGUGACGGGUGUUAAAAUAUAAUCGUAUUAAAUAAAGAAUCAUAAAAAUAAAAUAGUAAAAAUAUAAUAAUAAUAAAGUGGGCGCUCCGUCGUGCGUACAAAAAGUGUUGUAAAAUUUUAUGGCCACUGUCUGUGCGUGUGUGCGUGUGUUCGAAAUAGUAAAUUUUAAAUGGAAAAUAGUUGCAGUUAGUUAAGAUUCGGCAAAACGAUCAAAAAAUAGAAAAACCUACUGCCAAUAUUUAAAAACAACAAAUACAAGACUUAAGGAUUUCACAGCAUUCGACACGUUGGAUUCCAUUUGCGUAUAAUGUCAUCAACAUGUGGAUUAAAUAUGGUUUUCAUGUCGAUCAUUUUCAUUAUCAUCGUAAAUGGCUACGCAAAAGAUAUUUCCGGAGUUGAAAGAGGUCGUGAACGACUCAAUGAAUACAUAUCCCACUAUGAAACACUCAACUAUGAUCAUGAGCACAUUAGAGCUAGUCACAAUAGAGCGCGUCGAUCGGUGACCAAAGAUCAUUUUGUACAUUUAAAGUUUGCAGCACAUGGAAGAGACUUCCAUCUUAGAUUAAAACGUGAUUUAAAUACAUUUAGUGAUAAGUUAGACUUUUAUGAUAGCAACGGCCCCAUUGAUGUCUCAACGGAUCAUAUCUAUGAGGGCGAAGUGAUAGGGGAUCGUAAUAGUUAUGUAUUUGGUUCCAUACACAAUGGGGUAUUCGAGGGUAAAAUUAUAACGGAACGUGAUGCCUAUUAUGUUGAACAUGCCAAACAUUAUUUUCCCACAAAUCGCACGACGGCGACGGCGACGACGACCACCGCAACUGCAUUGUCCUCGACGACAACGGGGUCCACCAGCACACUAGACAACAAAAAAACUGCCAUUGAUAAUAAAACAGAAAAGUUCAUAAAUAAAAAUGCUGAAACCACAUCUACAAGCGCAUUCCCAAUGUACCCACGCAGCACUUCCGAGCAGCCAGAAUCAACGACAAUGUUUUCACCGACGACCACAACAAAUGAGUCUGUGGAUGGGGAUAAAAACGCUGCAGGUGCCCAGGACGAAGUUGAUUUUCACUCCAUUAUCUAUAAGGAGUCACACGUUGAGGAUGCCUACGAGAAUGUGCGCGAAGGUCACGUGGGCGGCUGCGGCAUUACGGAGGAGGUCUCGCAGUGGAUGGAGAACAUACAAAAUUCAGCGGUUGAGGAGCUGCCUGUGCCCAUGUCAAAGGAUGUCCAAAAGCUGCACCGGAAGCAGCAGCACAAAAAGGCUGCUGGUCCCCAACAACAGCCACAGCAACAACAGCAGCAACAACAACAGCCGCAUCCUCCCAAGAAAUACGCCAGCGGCGAUGAUGAUUUCAAACUUCCACAUCAGAAAUAUACAAAGGAGGCAAACUUUGCCGAUGGUGCAUUCUAUGAUCCGGAGACCGGUCGUCGAUUGGGCUCCACGGCCAAUGUCGCCGAUUGGCAUGAGCUGGUCCACGAGCGUGUCCGUCGCGCUACUGGCGGCAGCGGCUCCAAUGCCAGCGGUUCGACCAGCUCGUCGGGCCCCGGACGUGGCCGUGAGGAUAACAAAAAUACCUGCUCGCUGUAUAUACAAACAGAUCCAUUGAUUUGGCGCCACAUACGCGAGGGUAUCGCCGAUCACGAUCGCGGUCGCAAGUACGAGGUGGACGUGAAAACCCGUGAGGAAAUCACAUCGCUGAUUGCACAUCAUGUGACGGCCGUUAAUUACAUUUACCGCAACACAAAGUUCGACGGACGCACCGAGCAUCGCAACAUACGCUUUGAGGUGCAACGCAUUAAAAUCGACGAUGAUUCUGCCUGUCGAAAUGCCUACAAUGGGCCACACAAUGCCUUUUGCAAUGAACACAUGGACGUAUCGAACUUCUUGAAUCUCCACUCUUUAGAGGAUCACUCAGACUUUUGUCUAGCCUAUGUAUUUACCUACAGAGAUUUUACGGGCGGCACUUUGGGCCUGGCCUGGGUGGCCAGCGCAUCAGGCGCCUCUGGCGGCAUCUGCGAGAAGUACAAGACCUACACGGAGACUGUGGGUGGCCAAUACCAGAGCACCAAGCGCUCCUUGAACACGGGCAUCAUCACCUUUGUCAACUACAACAGUCGCGUGCCACCAAAAGUAUCGCAGCUGACACUUGCCCAUGAAAUUGGACAUAAUUUUGGAUCUCCGCACGACUACCCGCAAGAAUGCCGUCCUGGCGGACUAAAUGGCAACUACAUUAUGUUCGCCAGCGCCACCUCUGGUGAUCGUCCAAACAAUUCCAAGUUCUCACCGUGCUCCAUACGCAACAUUUCCAAUGUGCUGGACGUGCUUGUGGGCAACACGAAGCGCGACUGCUUCAAGGCCUCGGAGGGCGCCUUCUGUGGCAACAAGAUUGUGGAGUCCGGCGAGGAAUGCGAUUGUGGCUUCAACGAGGAGGAGUGCAAGGACAACUGCUGCUACCCGCGGCUCAUCAGCGAGUACGAUCAGUCGCUGAACUCCAGCGCCAAGGGCUGCAAGCGUCGCGCCAAGACGCAGUGUUCACCCUCGCAGGGACCCUGCUGCCUGGCCAACUCGUGCGCGUUCGUGCCCACGCACUAUCACCAGAAGUGCAAGGAGGAGACGGAAUGCAGCUGGUCGAGCACAUGCAACGGCACCACCGCCGAGUGUCCGGAGCCACGGCAUCGCGAUGACAAGACCAUGUGCAACAAUGGCACCGCCCUGUGCAUACGCGGCGAGUGCAGCGGGUCACCCUGCCUGCUAUGGAAUAUGACCAAAUGCUUCCUCACCUCGUCCAUGGUGCCGCACGUGGACAAGCGGAAGUUGUGCGAGCUGGCCUGCCAGGAUGGCAACGACACGGCCAGCUGUCGCAGCACCAGCGAAUUUGCCGCCGAAUAUAAUAUACAGCCGGGUGGCAUCAGCCUCCAGCCGGGCUCACCCUGCGACAACUUCCAGGGCUAUUGCGAUGUCUUUCUCAAGUGUCGCGCCGUCGACGCCGACGGGCCGCUGGUGCGGCUCAAGAAUCUGCUGCUCAAUCGCGAAACGCUGCUCACCGUUGCCGAGUGGGUCACGGGCAACUGGUAUCUGGUGGUGCUAAUUGGCGUUGGGUUCAUUGUCGUCCUCGGCGCAUUCAUCAAAUGCUGCGCCGUCCACACGCCCAGCUCCAAUCCGAAAAAGCGUCGCGCCCGGCGCAUCAGCGAGACGCUGCGCGCGCCAAUGAAUACGCUGCGUCGAAUGCAGCGUCAUCCGAAUCAGCGCGGAGCCGGACCACGCAGCAUUCCACCGCCCGCGCACGAGGCGCAGCAUUAUCCCCGAGGAGGUGGUGCUGGCGGCGCUGCUGGCGGUGCAGCCGGUGGUGGACGGCAUGGUGGUGGCGCACGUGGUCAUCAUCAUAAUGCGCAUCCGCACGAAUGGGACCGGCAUCAGGGCGGACACUCGAUAAUUCCGCUGCCCACGGGCGGCGGUCAUUCCAGUCGCAGCUCGGCCGCCAAUCAGGCGCGACGCAGCGACGGACGCGGCGCACGGCCCAGCAGCAGCGGACGGCCGCAGGCCAGCGGCCGAUCUGGGUAUGCAGCCGAACAGGCGGGCGUGGGUGCCAUUGGUGGUGGUGUGCAGGCGGCCAUCAGCAGCGGCGGCGUUGUGGCGCGUGCUCAGCUGCCGCUGCCGUUGCCGCCGGCAAAUGCACAACAGCAGCAACAGCAACAACAACAAGUACUCUCACCGCAACAACAACAACAACAACAACAACCGCAAGCGUUCUAUGCGCCGAAAGGCGUCGCGCCCCCGCCGCCGCUUCAAGUAAGCUAUAGUCGACCGACAUCGCUGCAUGAGCAACAGCCACAACAACAACAGCCGCUGGAGCAGCUGCACCAGCAGCAGCAGCUGCAGGAGGCGGAGCAACAACAACAACAACACGCCUAUUCCGACGCCUAUGCGGCUUUGGGGCGUGGCCAGUACGAGUCGACGACGCGGGCGCCCAACAAUGGUAAAGUUUGACAACCAAAAUUAAAGUCGGAGCGCCAAAAAAACCCAAAAGCAAAGCGUCAAAAGCAACAACAACAACAACAACAGCUAGCACAGCCACAACAACAACAACAACAAGAACAAAAAUCAAAUGAACUCAAAUUAAAUGUAAAUGUAAUUUUUAUGCUAAUUAUUUUUAUUUAAACAAGCUGAUAAAUUGAAUGAAAAAAAAACAGACAGAGAGUAAAGCAAAAAUUUCAUAUGAACCAACAAAAAAAAUGCUAAAAACAAAACAUGAACGAUAUUUUUGAUUAAAAUAAUUGAUAUGAGAAUGCAAAUCAUUAUUAUUAUAAAUAAUUAAAAGGCAGAUUGCAUAAUAUAUAUAUAUAUAUAGUGAACAAACAGAAAUAUAUAUAUACAUACAUAAACGUAAACAUAAUGAUUGUGCGUACUUAUUUACAAAGCAGCAACAACAUGAAUAAAAAAAAACAAAAUAGAAAUUUACGCAAGAACAACACAAAAGAUAUUUAUAAAACAUAUUUAAAUACUUAAAUGUCGAACAUUUACUAAAGAGCCAAGGCGAGAAAAAUUAAUUACAUUUUCCAAAGCGCAAACAUAUGGUUUUGUAAAAAAAAAAGAAAA